ACAGAGUUCAGCACCGCGUUUGAAGACGCCGUCCGCUUGAGCAGUGAGAGGUUCAAUUUGAUUAACCCGGUGUUCUGGAAGCUGAAACGGGCACUUGACAUUGGGUCUGAGAAACAACUACGCUUAGCAGUCUCCCACGUUCGUGACUUUGCACAGAGCAUCGUGAGAGAGAAAAGGCAAGAGCUUGAUAAAAAAUCUUCACUAGACACCGGCGAUCUCCUCUCGAGAAUUUUAAGUUCUGGGCAUGUGGACGAAAGUUUGGUGACGGACCUGGUGAUUAGCUUUAUCUUAGCCGGUCGAGACACGACGUCGGCGGCAUUGACUUGGUUCUUCUGGUUGAUAUCCUGUCAUUCUCAAGUGGAAGAACAGAUAGUGAGGGAGAUAACAGAGAACCCAGAAGCACCGAUAUACGACGAAGUGAAGAAUAUGGUUUACACCCAUUCGUCGCUCUGCGAGAGCAUGAGGCUAUACCCGCCAGUCCCGUGGGACACCAAGGAGGCAGCGGGGGACGACGUUUUGCCGGAUGGGACGGUAGUGAAGAAGGGAAUGAGAGUGACAUACCAUCCUUACGCGAUGGGGAGGAUGGAAAGUCUGUGGGGUUCAAACUGGUCGGAGUUUCUGCCGGAAAGGUGGCUAGAGAAGGAUAAAGUCACCGGGAAAUGGAGCUUCGUAGGGAGAGAUUCGUACACCUACCCGGUGUUCCAAGCAGGGCCGAGGAUAUGCCUGGGGAAGGACAUGGCGUUCUUGCAGAUGAAGCGAGUUGUGGCCGGUGUUCUGCAGCGGUUCCGGAUUGUGCCGGCGAUGGAGGAAGGUAGUCAGCCAGUUUAUAUCUCCUAUUUAACGUCGAAGAUGAAAGGUGGAUUUCCGGUGAGGAUUGAAGAGAGAGUGAUCGAGCAGGUUUCCAUGUCUGAAUGAUAAAAGGCUGCACCCGACAAGUAUCCACCAAUGACAUUUCAUGUUCAAAACAGUUACUUUGAUAUCAAAUCAUUUGAAUAAAAUGUAAAUGAAAUUUAUAUUG